AUGGAAGAAUAACAGCAAAUUGAAAAUACUAUAAUAGAAGAAAGAUAUAGGAAGCCUGAUGGAGAGACUGGAUUUCGUAGAUACUAGAAAGGAAAGAUUUUAGGAAAGGGUGGAUUUGCAAAAUGCUAUGAAGUAACUUCUAUAGAAAGCAAAAAAGUAUUGGCAGCUAAGAUUAUUGCUAAAAGUACUUUAAAGAAAGGGAGAACAAAAGCAAAGGUAUAAUUUAAGUAUAUGAAAGUUAAUAACUGAGAUAAAGCUACAUAAAUCACUACAUCAUCAGAAUAUAGUUUAAUUUGAAGAUGUAUUUGAGGAUAAUGAAAAUGUAUACAUUCUUUUGGAACUGUGUUAAAAUCAAGUGAUAAAAUAAAUUGUAAUAUUUUUAGACUUUGAAUGAAUUGUUAAAAAGAAGAAGAAGAAUAAGUCAAAUAGAAGUGCAAUGUUAUUUGAAGUAAUUGAUAGGUGCAUUGAAAUAUAUCCAUUCUCAUAGAGUGCUUCAUCGAGAUUUGAAAUUAGGGAAUUUGUUUAUAAAUGAUAAGAUGGAAUUAAAAUUAGGAGAUUUUGGUUUGGCUACAAAAUUAGAUUAUGAUGGAUAGAGAAGAUAUACAAUUUGUGGGACUCCAAAUUAUAUAGCACCUGAAAUAUUAGAAGAAAGGAUGGGUCAUUCAUAUUAAGCAGAUAUAUGGUCAGUUGGAGUGAUUAUUUACACAUUGUUAAUAGGGAAACCACCAUUUGAAACUUCAGAUGUAAAGACAACUUAUAAUAAAAUAUCACAAUGUUAAUUCAAUUUUCCAGAUCAUAUUUAAAUAUCUGAGAAUGCUAAAAAUUUAAUUUCUAGAAUUCUUGUUCUUGAUCCUUCAAAAAGAUUAACAUUAGAUGAAAUUUUAAGUCAUCCUUUUAUGACAUCAAAUCCAAUACCUAAAACUACUCAUAUUUCUUAAUUAAUUAGUCCUCCAACUGCUGCAUGGUUAUCUCAAUAUUCUUAGGCUGCUAUGCUUAAUUCUAAAUAAUUAUAACCUGAAUUGAUUUCUAUCAAGAGUAACUCAUUAAUUCCAAAGAUGAAUAAUCUAUUUUCCACUUAACCUAAAAUGUCACAAGCUUAACGAAUAAAUAGUAUUAUUCAUAUAUAUAUAAUUUGUAGCAUUGACUGAAGGUAUUAAUUAUUUAAAAGAUAAUCAUUCAAACCUAAAGCUUUAACGAUCAUUAAAUAUUGAUAAUCAAAAUUAAAUUGAAUUUGUAAGUCUCCAAUUAUAAUUUAGAGUAAAGAGAAUGAUGGUUUAUAUGUUACUAAGUGUUGUGAUUAUUAAAGCAAAUAUGGAAUUGGUUAUGUUCUAUCAAAUUAAUAAUCUGGAGUUCUAUUUAAUGAUUCAACUAAAAUUAUCUAACGCAAUAAACUAUAAUUCUAUUUUUUUGAUAGAUUCAAUCAAUAAUCAAAUUAUGAAUUCGAAAAUUACCCAUCAGAAUUAAAUAAAAAAGUUACUCUACUCUAAAAAUUUACAUAAUAUUUAGGAAUUAAUGAAAAUAUUACUAUUACUAAUUCGUAAGAGUCUAAUGUUUUUGUGGAUAAAUUCCUUAAAACUAGGAAUGCUCUUCUUUUAAAACUCUCUAAUAAUGUGAUUUAGGCUGAUUUUAUAGAUAAAACUGUCAUUGUCAUAUUACCAAACUAGAGUAUACUUUACGUUAAUGAAAAAGGUGAAAAAUUUAGUUAUAAUUUGGAAUAAAUUAUUGAUAAAGAUAAAAUUUAAAGGAGGUAUUAAUAAAUAUUCUAAUUUUAGAUAUAAUUAUGUAUAGCAAUUGAGAAAAGGUUGUUAAUGA